AUGGCAGCUGCGGUAGUCGAAGAUGGGAUCACCCCGCUUCCCCCUCAGAACGACGGAGCUGGAAGUGGAACUCUGGAUUUUGAUGUGACAGUCUUUAGGAGUUAUCUAGAUUCCCUCCUUCUUCCAGUCAUGUCCGCAAGUAAACAAGAGUUGGAAGAUAGUUUAUUUGAGGAUCCAAGCUUUGAUGAGAAAGUGGUUAGAUUUGCUACUGAUGCUGGAUGUCAAGUGGUCUACAUCACCAAAGAGAGAUAUCUCGAUGUAGACGAGGAUGACCUAUCAAUCGCUCGGAUCACUUAUCGUCUUCACCUUCCUCCAACCCCACCCCACUCGGCUCACUGCAUUUCCACUCUCGCAUUGAUCAAGAUAUCUCCUAUCCUUGACUCCGUAACACCACUAGGAAACCAAUUGCAUUUCCUUCAGCUAUCAUCCUCGGCCCUUCCAUCACUUUCCUCAUCGGAAGAAGCCCCUUCGGGUGUUUCUACUGCGGUCACAACUCCGACUGCUCAAGCAACGCCCUACGAUGGCUUACACAGUCUGGUACAUUGGGGUGUAGCCCCAUGGUUUGAUUCUUACGUUUCUUCCAAGUCUACUCUCAAUGAAGGGACAACGAAAAAAUCCCAAGGUGGAGAAGCGUCAAUGGGAAUUCCUGUAACGAAAAAGAAAUUUGCAGAAUUGGAAUUAUCCUUACUGCACUUGAAGCAGAAUGUGGAGAUACCAGAAGCUAGAUUGGGGGUACAUCCCGCAAUCAGAAAAGCUGUUGCUCAAUGUCAUGCAAACGGUAGCAGAGUUUCGGUCGAUGCUGUUGAACCAUCAUCUCUCCUUACCGACCCUGCAUUCCUGAAUAAGCUACAAGCCGACGUCAAUUCAUGGAUCAAGGAAAUUCAAUCAGUAACGAAAUUGUCGAGGGACGUAUCAUCAGGUACAGCUUCUCAAGAAAUCAAUUUCUGGUUGUCUAUGGAACAUGCCCUCGAGAGCAUUGAAGCUCAGCUGAGAGGUGAAGAAGUUGGAUUAGCAAUGGAUGUCCUCAAGCAUGCCAAGAGAUUUCACGCGACUGUCAGUUUCUUAGCUGACACGGGUUUGAAGGAGGCUACAGAUAUCGUACAUAAACACAAUGUUCUGAUGAAAGAUUUUCCUUUGGAUGAAUUGCUUGCUGCGACUGAUCUAGAAAAGGUCCAAGAAGCUGUUUAUUUGAUUUUUGGGCAUAUAAACAAGAAGCUCAAGCUUUCUCCGUAUCCUAUCCGUCGAACACUACCUCUCGUAGAAGCGAUCUCAUCCGAUUUCAACCAUCAACUCUUGAAAGUACUCGGAAGUCAAAGACUCAUGUAUAUGGACUACACUAAGUUUGAGGAAGUCAUGGGGAUGACUGCGGAUGUCUUCGCAACUUGGGAUGAGAAUAUGAAAGAUUUCACCAAUGUCGCUAGGGAGGUUUCACGUAAAAGAGCUGAAAAGUUCAUCUCUAUAAAAAUCAAUCCUGCUCAUGCCAAUCUUCAAGAGAGAAUUACCUAUCUUCGAGCUUUCAGGCGUUCUCACGAGCAGCUCAGAGUAAUGACUUCAUCAACUCGAACUUUCAGUGGUCUUGGGAACGAUGCUCCUUUCGACAUUGAUAUGGAUGAAGAAGUUAGACUUAGUUAUGAAAGCGUUAAGAAUGUGGAUGUGCUCGAUGUAUCAUCCGAAGGAUCUGAAAUUUGGUAUACCGCCGAAACAGCUUACAACGAUCGAGUUGCCCGAAUCGAAAAUCAGAUCAUCUCGAGAUUGAGAGAUAAAUUAGCUACAGCACGAAACGCACAAGAAAUGUUUAGGGUAUUCUCAAAAUUCAAUACACUCUUCGUUCGACCCAAAAUCAGAGGUGCUAUCCAAGAGUACCAGACUCGACUCAUCGAGUCGGUCAAAGAAGAUAUAAGGAGACUUCGUCAGAAGUUUACCGAAAAUUACCGAAACUCUCAAGCAUAUCACAUGUCACAAAUGCGUGACUUCCCUUCUGUGUCAAGUGCUAUAAUCUGGGCUAGACAGAUCGAGCGACAACUGCUCACAUACAUGAGAAGGGUUGAAGAUGUUCUUGGAAAAGGAUGGGAAAGUUAUGCUGAAGGUCACAAACUUCAGGUUGAAAGUGCUUCUUUCAGAGCCAAAUUGGACACACGACCUCUGUACGACGCUUGGAUAAGUGAUAUCACUAAGCGAGGUAAUCUCACGAUCACUGGUCGACUAUUCGACGUCAUUCGCACACGAGCUACGGCCACCAACGCUCAAGGUCAACUUCAACUUGUCGUCCAAUUCGAUCCCCAAGUCAUCGCCCUGUUCAAAGAAGUCAGAGCUUUAAUAUGGCUGGGAUUCCCUGUACCUCUUACAAUUAGCCAUAAAGCCAAAGAUGCGAAACGAGUUUACCCACACGCUGUCAGCUUGAUGGAAUCUGUCAGAACAUAUACUCAAACUCUCGAUCUCAUCGAAAGCAACCAGGAUAUCGCCAUUUUAUUGGCCAGUUAUCGAUCUCACGCCCAACAGAUGAUCGAGCGAGGCGUCAAAAUGCAUUGGGAUCACCUAGUCAAUGCUUAUGAAGGACAAAGGUUCCUUCCCGGCGGCGUGGCUGAUGGACGAGAAAGUCGACAUUUCCUUUUUGUUCGAGAAUUUGCUUCAGUCAUCUCAUUACUUCAAGACAAAACCAACGCGCUCAUCGAAAUCUCAACGGAUAUUUCCCGCAUUGUCGAUGAGUUGAGCACCUGUGAUUUCACCCAAGAAGCUUUCUCGGCCCUUCUCACUCAAUUACAGAAGAUCAUCGAUCACCUCAACCUCGAGAACUACAGUAAUCUCGAUGCAUGGGUUGUCACACUCAACGAUAGAAUCGACCAUGUUCUGAGAGAAAGACUUAUCCAGGCGAUUGAGUCGUGGUGUGAAGAAUUUGUGAAGGAAGAAGAACCAACUUUCCCAAAUGGAGAUUCAGGCAUUAAGAGAACAUCUAAAUCCUCUGUACAUAUCGAACCUCUGGUCCAUGAGAUUAGGAUUAGAAAUCAGGUGAUAUACCUAGACCCCCCAAUCGAAUUGGCUAGACAAGAGUGGCUGGGACAGUUCCAAGAUGCUCUCGGUGUGGUCUGUAAUCUUGACCGCAUUCGAAGCUCGAGGUAUGAAAUCAGUCUUCGGGUCGAUGAAGCUAGCCCCGAGGAAACAUCUUAUGUUGGUCUGCUUACAUCGUUUGACGAUGACACUCUCCAGAAACCACUGGCACUCAUUGAGGAAAAAGUGCAAACAAUCGAUGCAUAUGUGAACAAAUGGCUCCAAUUCCAGUCUCUUUGGGAUCUGGAAGCUGAAUAUGUUUAUAGUCGACUUGGAGAUUCUUUAGCUGAUUGGGGUCAACUUAUCUCCGAUAUUCGGCAAGCUCGUACCACAUUUGACACCGCGGAUACCAAGAAAGAAUUCGGUGUCUGCGUUGUCGAUUAUGCGAAUGCUCAAAGCAAAGUCAAUGCAAAAUAUGAUUCAUGGCAACGAGAACUUCUCACCCGCUACGGCCUGAAACUUGGUACCUCAAUCAAAGAAACCUAUUCUGCUAUUCUCAAAGCUCGUACCGAUCUUGAAACCCUUGCUAUUGAAGGGUCCUCAACUGCUCAGGCCGUGUCAUUUAUCACUUUCGUGCAGGAUCUGAAGAGAAGGGUAACCAAGUGGGGUCCAGAAAUUGAAGAGUUUGCGUCAGGGCAGAAGACUUUGGAGAGACAGAGGUAUUCUUUCCCCCAAGAUUGGCUAUAUGUCGAUCGAUUGCAAGGCGAAUGGAGUGCUUUCAGUGAUAUUUUGAAACGGAAGGAUGAUUCCAUUAAGGAACAAGUCGCUGGUCUGCAACUCAAGAUCGUAGCCGAAGACAAGGUCGUUGAUGGGAGAGUCAGGGAAUUUAUAACAGAAUGGGAGGCAAACAAACCUCUGCAAGGUAGCAUAAAGGCAGAAACGGCGAUCAAUACUCUGAACGUAUUUGACGGACGAUUAUCGCGUCUCAUCGAAGAGUAUGACCUGGUCUGUCGUGCCAAGGAAGCCUUAGAUCUUGAACAUACAAAGGAUGAUCGACUUCAGCCGGUCAUCGAAGAAGUGAGAGAUCUCAAAGCAGUCUGGACCGCUCUUUCAGGCAUUUGGGGUCGAUUGGGUCAAUUGAGGGAGACAUUAUGGUCAACCGUUCAACCUCGCAAACUUCGUCAAGAGCUAGAUGCCGUGCUCUCUUCCACCAGAGAAAUGCCAAGUAGAAUGCGACAAUACGCGGCUUUUGAAUAUGUUCAGGAAACGCUUAAAGGUUUACUCAAGGCUAAUAUCCUGAUUGGAGAGCUCAAAUCCGAGGCGCUAAGGGAAAGACAUUGGUCAAAAUUGUACAAAGCGUUGAGAAUGCCUUCCGCCCAAGCUUCUAGUAUGACUCUCGGACAAGUGUAUGACCUUGACAUUAGAAGAAACGAAGUUUUGAUCAAAGAGGUGGUCACACAAGCUCAAGGUGAAAUGGCUUUGGAAGAAUUCUUGAAACAGGUCCGAGAGACUUGGACUUCUUACUCGCUUGAUUUGAUCAACUACCAAAACAAAUGCCGGCUCAUCAGGGGUUGGGACGAGCUAUUCAACAAAUGUGGUGAACAUCUCAAUUCCCUCACUGCUAUGCGAAUGUCACCGUACUACCGAGUAUUCGAGGAAGAAGCCACAUCCUGGGAAGAGAAACUCAAUCGUUUACAUGUUCUUUUUGACGUCUGGAUCGACGUGCAGCGACAAUGGGUAUACCUCGAAGGUAUCUUCUCCGGAAGUGCCGAUAUCAAGCAUUUACUGCCUGUCGAAAGCGCCCGUUUCCAAAAUAUCAAUUCUGAAUUCCUGACAGUGAUGAAAAAGGUCAACAAAUCGCCAUUCGUCCUAGAUGUACUGAACAUUCUCGGCAUUCAAAAGAACCUUGAACGACUCGCCGACCUGCUCACAAAGAUUCAAAAGGCCUUGGGAGAAUAUUUGGAGAAAGAGCGAUCUUCCUUCCCUCGGUUUUACUUCGUUGGUGAUGAAGAUUUGCUGGAGAUUAUCGGUAACAGUAAAGAUAUCCGCAGAAUUAUGAAGCACCUGAAGAAAAUGUUUGCGGGUAUAUCGAUCUUGCAACUGGACGAAGAAGAAACUCGAUUACUUGGCUUUUCUUCCAAAGAAGGCGAAGCAGUAGACUUUCGAGCUCCAAUCGUCCUCAAAGAUUAUGCAAAAAUCAACGAUUGGCUUGCUAAGAUCGAAUCGGAGAUGAGGCUGUCUCUAGCUCAUCUCCUGUCUCAAGCAGUGUUGCAAUUCCAAGAUUUCUUCAAAGUCGACACUGAAAUAUCACUGACCAACCUUCUUGCCUGGAUCGAUUUUUACCCCGCUCAACUCGUCGUACUUGCUGUACAAGUGGCAUGGACAAACCUUGUGGAACAAUCGAUACCAUCAGCUGGACUUACAGGGGUCCUCGCUCUUGUUUCCAAGACUCUCGAUCAUUUAGCGGAUACUGUAUUGCAAGAUAUUGCAGUUCUACAGAGAAGAAAAUGCGAGCAUCUCAUCACUGAACUCGUUCACCAAAGAGAUGUUAUCCGAUCCCUCAUCACAUCAGCAGUCAGGACUACUACCAGCUUCGAGUGGCUUUACCACAUGCGAUUCUAUCUCAACGAAAGCAUCGACGACCCCUUGUUCAAGUUGGAAAUUCGAAUGGCCGAUGCAGUCUUCCCGUAUGGUUACGAAUAUCUGGGUAUUCCCGAUCGACUUGUUCAAACGCCUCUCACGGAUAGAUGUUAUCUUACCCUUACUCAAGCUCUCGAUAAUCAACUUGGUGGAUCACCUUUUGGACCUGCUGGUACCGGUAAAACUGAGUCUGUCAAAUCACUUGGUGUACAACUCGGUCGAUUUGUCCUGGUUUUCUGUUGUGACGAGACCUUCGACUUCCAAGCUAUGGGUAGGAUCUUUGUUGGGCUUUGUCAAGUCGGUGCAUGGGGUUGUUUCGAUGAAUUCAAUCGACUUGAAGAGCGUAUCCUGUCAGCUGUUUCUCAGCAAGUGCAAAGUAUUCAACAAGGCCUUGUCCAAGCUGCUUCAGACCCCAAUGCUGAAGUUGAGCUAGUGGGUAAAAAGCUUAGGAUUAACACCAGAACAGGUAUCUUCAUCACAAUGAAUCCUGGUUACGCUGGUCGAUCAAACUUGCCUGAUAACUUGAAAAAGCUUUUCAGAAGCAUGUCAAUGACACGACCCGAUCAAGAACUUAUUGCUCAGGUACUGUUAUUUUCAAGAGGUUUUAGAACUGCUGAAAUACUGGCAUCCAAAAUUGUACCUUUCUUCAAUCUUUGUGCAGAACAACUUUCAGCUCAACCUCAUUACGACUUUGGUCUUCGUGCUCUAAAAUCUGUGCUGGCUAGUGCUGGUGUAUUGAAGAGGGAUCGACAUCUGAAAGGAGGAGAAAUAGAGAAGGACCAGGUUGCGGAACAGCAAAUCAUGAUUCACAGUGUCACAGAAACUAUUGUACCAAAACUUGUGGCAGAGGAUGUACCACUGCUUAAAGCACUACUUGAAGAUGUGUUCCCUGGAGUCGCAUACUCUCCUGUCGAUCUCGAUGCUUUGAAAGUCAAGAUCUUUGAAGUGUGCAAAGAACGACACCUCGUGAUCGGUCCUGCAUGGAUUGAUAAAGUAGUUCAACUAUACCAGAUCCAAAACAUAUCCCACGGUCUCAUGAUGGUCGGUCCUUCUGGUUCUGGUAAAACGCAAGCUUGGCAGGUCCUCUUAAGUGCUCUCGAACGUUUUGAUGGUGUAGAGGGGAUACCUUACGUCAUCGACCCAAAGGCUAUUGACAAAGAAGCUCUAUACGGUACUCUCGACCCUACCACAAGAGAAUGGAAUGAUGGUCUUUUCACCCAUAUUCUUAGAAAGAUAGUGGAUAACGUCCGGGGGGAGACCAACAGGAGACAUUGGAUCAUCUUUGAUGGUGAUGUCGAUCCUGAAUGGGUCGAAAACUUGAACAGGUGA